AUGGAACUGACAAAAUCGAAAGCUCUCCUAGUGCAGCGGGCGGAGUCCGAAGAUGGUGUCUACAAGAUAGGACAGGUUCAGAACCCUACAGUAUGUGGUCACAGGGGCAAAAACCGAAUGCCUUUCAGUUCAACUGCGGGUAUAUUCGCUGUGUCCGGAUCCAUAAACACGGCGACUCUGGAGAUGGAGGUUAUAUUAGAAGUGUAUGAAAUGAACCUGGGUAUCUUGCACGGAUACGCCAACCGCCCAUUCAAAGUCGACCUGGAUCUUAGUAUGGUAAAGGGUAGCAUUGGGCUCAGACUGACUGGUCUCGAUGAACUGUUGCUGGAUAUUGAUACGAAGGUCUUCCAAGUGGCUGAAGAUGGCACGGGAAAGUUCAUAGAAUACAGGAAAGCCCAUUUUAUCCAAGAAAUACCGGGUGUUAGGUGUGCACCUUGGCUAUCUCCUGGUUCUGAUCAUUAG